AUGAAGAUCCAUGCCGCUUUCAUCCUUGCGACGGUCGCCGGCAGCGUCUCGGCGGGCGGCCCCAAGCGCGAACCUCGGUUUUCAGGCUUGGACAAGAUUCCCGACAAUGAGGGCCUACCCCUCCACCAGUUGCCCGAGUGCUAUCAAAGCUGCUACCAGUCAACAAACCACGGGCUCGUUGGCCAUGACGCUAAUACCGUGAGCCAGAGGGUGUUUUGCGAGGACAAGUGGACGAACUUUGAUUGGUGGUUUGAAACGUGGUUGGCCGGAUGCCUCAACCAGAACUGUCCCCCGGAGGACGGCGACAAAGCGCGAUCAUGGUACAACUCGAUCUGCCGCUUGUAG